AUGAGUGUACAAAAUCGUCUAAUUCGAGAACUUUUGCUUUACGAGCUCCAACUGGACCAUACUGCGGCCGAAGCAAUUCGAAACAUCUGCGCAGCGAAGGGCGAGGGUGCUGUGAAGAAGAGCACUGCAUCUGACUGGUUCAGAAAAUUCAAGAACGGCGACACGAAUUUCGAAGAUCAGCCCCGCUCCGGGCGACCAUUCUCGAUUGAUCCAGAGGCGUUGCGCCAAGCCGUCGAAGCCGAUCCAGCCACAAGUACGUGUAAAUUGUCGGCCAAGUUCGGAACAUCAAACUCCACAAUAUAUGAACAUCUUCAUCAUCUGGGCAAGGUCAGCAGAAGCUGUCGAAAUGUACCGCACGAGUUGACACCAGAACAAGCUCAGUAUCGCGUUAACGUCUGCAAAGAAUUGCUCGCGAAUCCUCGGAACGAACGUUUCAUCAAACGAAUUGUCACCUGCGAUGAAAAAUAG